GCGGGAAGCUGUACAUUGACCCCUUGACCUACGAGGACCCCGGGGUGGCCCUGAGGGACUUCGCCCAGGAGAUUGACGUCGCCUGCGUCAAGAUCGAGGAGGUCAUCGGGGCAGAGAGGUCAUCAGCGAUGGCCCCAAUGACGUCCCCAACGACAUCCCCGCCCCCAAAGAUCUCCCCAUCCAUGUCCCCAACGACGUCCCCAACGACGCCCCCAACAACGUCCCCAAUGAUGUCCCCAACAACGUCCCCAACAAUGACCCCAACGACAUCCCCAAUGAUGUCCCCAAUGAUGUCCUCAACAGUGACCCCAACGAUGUCCGCAACAAUGACCCCAACGACGUCCCCACCCCCAAAGAUCUCCCCAUCCAUGUCCCCAACAACUGACGUCUCCAACGACGUCCCCAACAAUGACCCAACAGUGACCCCAACGAUGUCCCCAGCCAAAGAUCUCCCCAUCCAUGUCCCCAACAACGUCCCCAAUGACUCCAACAACGACCCAAUGACGUCCCCAACGACGUCCCUGCCCCCAAAGAUCUCCUCAUCCAUGUCCCCAACAACGUCCCCAAUGACUCCAACAACGACCCAAUGA